CGCCGGGUGGGGUGCUGUGUGGCCCCGGUGCGCAGACGCGCUGGAUAGCUCCGGAGUGAAUUCUGCGCCGCGAAGCCUGAGAGGCCGGUAGUUGCGGCGCUGGGCGGGCGGUGGCAAUUCCACGUGCUCGUUGCGGCCGGUUGAAACCGUUGGCGGGCGCUGGCUGAGAGGCAAUGUUUGCUGUCUUCCAUUAGAAGGACUGAAUUUCCACAUGACGGCUUUUUGACAAGACCUAAAACCUGUGUUGGAUAGCGAAUAUUUAGCCAUUUACCUAAAAUGGUAUUUUUUACAUGCAAUGCAUGUGGUGAAUCAGUGAAGAAAAUCCAAGUGGAAAAGCAUGUGUCUGUUUGCAGAAACUGUGAAUGCCUUUCUUGCAUUGACUGUGGUAAAGAUUUCUGGGGUGAUGACUAUAAAAACCACGUGAAAUGCAUAAGUGAAGAUCAGAAGUAUGGUGGCAAAGGCUAUGAAGGUAAAACCCACAAAGGCGACAUUAAACAACAGGCAUGGAUUCAGAAAAUUAAUGAAUUAAUAAAGAGACCUAACGUCAGCCCCAAAGUGCGAGAACUUUUAGAGCAAAUCAGUGCUUUUGACAACGUUCCCAGGAAAAAGGCAAAAUUUCAGAACUGGAUGAAGAACAGUUUAAAAGUUCAUAAUGAAUCCAUUCUGGAGCAGGUGUGGAAUAUCUUUUCUGAGGCUUCCAGCAGUGAACCAGUCAGUAAGGAACAGGAUCAACAGCCACUCAACCCGCUGGCAAAUCCACGUGCAGAAAUCCCCGCCAAGGUUCUACCCUCCAAAGGGAAUGAUGCCAUGAAACAGCAAGGGGAGGUGAAGAAGAAUAAAAGAGAAAGAAAGGAAGAACGGCAGAAGAAUAGGAAAAAAGAAAAGAAGGAACUAAAAUUAGAAAAUCACCAGGAAAACUCAAGGAAUCAGAAGCCUAAGAAGCGUAAAAAGGGACAGGAGGCCGACCUUGAGGCCGGCGGGGAGGAAGUCCCCGAGGCCAACGGCUCUGCAGGGAAGAGGAACAAGAAGCAGCAGCGCGAGGGCAGGCCCACUGCCACGGAGCAUGAGGACGGCGCCGGCAAGGAGCAGGCAGACGUGGGUGCGGGGAAGAGGAAGCGGAGGCAUUCGGAAGCUGAAACAGAUUCUAAGAAGAAAAAGAUGAAGCUCCCAGAGCAUCCUGAGGGUGGAGAACCAGAAGACCAUGAGGCUCCUGCAAAAGGCCUGAAGCACUCGUGCCUGUUGAGGGGUAGCAAGUCAUUUCUCUGCCAUCUCCCCUAGCCCCGGGCUCCUGCGGUUAAGAACAGGUCCAAAGACUCAAAUGGGCAUCAGCUUUAUUAGCAGAGUUCAGUGACUACUAGCAUUGGGUUAGAUCUCUUAGCUGAAAACCCCCCUUCUCAAGUUUGUAAACAGUAGUGUCCCCAUACCCGUAGCAUGAAAAAUUCCAGAAAUAAACAAUUGAUGUUUUCAAUUGUGUGCUGUUCUGAGCAGUGUGGCAAGAUUUCUUGCUGUCCUGCUCUGUGGCUUCUUUACCACAAGAAGGGUAAGUAUAGGACAAUAAGAUAUUUAGAGAGAGAGACCACAUUCACAUAAAUUUUAUUAUAGUAUAUUGUUAAAAUUGUUGUAUUUUAUGAUUAGUUAUUGUUAGCCUUUUGCUGCGCCUAGUUUGUGAGUUGAGCAUUGCCAUAGGUGUGCAUGAAUAUAUAAGAAAAGACAGAGUAUAUAUAGGGUUCAAUACCAUAGUGGUUUCAGGCAUCCACUCAGUUCCCAGGAAUUGUCCCCCUGCAGAUAAAGGGGGACAACUGAAUGGCUUUUUUUGUUGUUAUAUCUUUUGUUUUGAGAUCCUUGUAAACUCACAUGCAGUUGUAAGGAAUAAUGGAGACUCAGGUGUCCUUAUGUAUCCACGUUCCCUUUACCUUGUUGCCACUCCAGAUAGCACUGUACACCACCAUAGUACAGCAUCUCAGCCCGGAUGCUGACACUGAUACCUUUCCACCUCCAUCGCCGCCAGGCUGCCUCUUGCUGCCCUUCUGCAGCCACUGCCCCUUCCCUCACCCUCAGCCCCUCCUUAGCCUCUGGCAAUCACUAAUCUGUUCUUCAUUUCUGUAAUCUCCAGAAUGUUCUAUGAAUGGAAUCAUACAGUAUGUAACCUUUUGAGAUUGACUAUUCCUCAGCAUUUUCUCUGGAUAUUCACCCAUGUUGCUGAACUGAUCAAUAAUCUAUUCAUUUGAUUGGUGAGGAGUAGCCCGUGUUAUGCAUGCAUCACAGUUUCUUUCAUCAUUCACCUGUUGACGGACACCUGGGUGGUUUCUAAUUUCUGGUCAUUAAUGAAUAAAGCCGCAGUAAACAUUGACGUGCAGGUUUCUGUGAACUGCACAGUGAACUAAGUCAGUUUUUCUGAAGUAGAUGUCCAGUGCUGCGUCAUACGGUAGUUCCAUAUUCUUUUAAAGAAACUGCCAGCUCAAUAACAAACAUUGGUGAGGAUGUGGAGAAAAAGGAACGUGGUGCACUGUUGUGGGAAUGUAAGUUAGUACAGCUGCUAUGGAGAACUGUUGGGAGCUUCCUCAGAAACCUGAAACCAGAGCUCCCAUACAAUCCAGCAGUCCCACUGUAGGGUGUGUAUUCAAAAGAAAGGACAUCGCUGUGUGGAAGAGUUAUCUGCACGCCCAUGCUGGCUGCUGCACUGUUCACAAUAACCAAGAUUUGAGCAACCUAAGUGUCC